AUGACCAUCACAUACCGCGAUGGCGUCGCCAUUCUUCAAGUCGUUGCCUUCGUACCAACUCUCGCCUUUGGCAUCAUACUGGCAAUGCGUCACGGAUUUGCCAAAAGCUCUGGCUGGGUCCUCCUGAUUUCUUUUUCCAUCUGCCGCCUCGUAGGCGCGAUCUGCCAGCUUAUAGCGAUAUCGCAUCCGUCAACGGGCGUCUAUACGGCCGCUAUCGUCUGCAUUUCCAUCGGUCUCUCGCCAUUGACUCUGAUCUGUUUGGGACUGCUUACUAGAGUAAACAACUUCAUUCCCCGCCCAAUACCACGGCCUGUUUUCCAAGGCAUAAGCAUCUUCAGUCUUGCUGGGAUGAGUCUUGGUGUCUAUGGCGGAAUCAAAGCCAGCGAAUCGAAAACCCCCUUCGUUCUGAACCCAGAGAGCAAAACCGCAGUUGCCCUCUUCACGACCGUCUUUGUCGUUGUGCUCAUCGUCUUUGUCGUGCUCAUGGCACAGAUCGUAUAUGUGGAACCGGGAGAACGAAGACUUCUCUACGCGGUCGCCAUGGCAUCGCCACUCAUCGCUGUCCGGCUCACCUACGGCCUGAUUGUGGAUUUUGCCCAGAACAAGCAUUUCAGCUAUUUUUACGGAAGCGUUACGAUAUACCUCUUCAUGGCUGUUGUACCAGAGAUCAUCGCAUGUGCAAUCUACAUCAUCACCGGUGUCACUCUCCGAAAAUUGCCAAAGGACGACACGGGCAAGCAUGUGCCUCUCGACGACAUGCCAGGCCACUAUAGCCCCACCAGUACCACAGGGAUCUGGCCGGGGGCUCCUAUGGAGACUCAAGAUCAAUACGAGCAGCCAACCGCUGGCUCAACUCGGCUGCAGCCUGAUUCACCGCCUCCAAAGAGAAAGGGAGGAGGGCCGAUCUCGAUGCUCUACUACUUGGGGAAAGACGCUUAUCAGUCGAGGAGAGGCUGA